AUGCUUGCUGUAGGAGGGACUAUAGGCACUGGACUCUUUCUCAUCUCUGGAGCUACCAUCUCAACGGCUGGACCUGUUGGAGCUGUGAUUUCCUUUAUUGUAUCUGGUGUAUUUGUGUAUUUGGUUGUGGCUACAAUUGGUGAAAUCGCCACCAUAUUUCCUGUUUCUGGAUCAUUCGCAGCAUCCGGGGAUAGAUUCUUUGACCCGGCUCUUGGUUUUGCCCAAGGAUGGUCAUAUUGGUUUCUUGGGGCUCUUACUUUACCAGCAGAACUAUCUUCAGCAGGUAUCAUCAUAAGUUAUUCGCUACCAGAUAUUGAGACUUGGGUAUGGGCCUUGAUAUUUCUUGUCGUGAUCGUUGUCAUAAACCUCUUUGGAGUUCGAUGUUCUGGAGAAGCGGAGUUCUUCUUCAGUUUCCUGAAAUGGAAGUCCUCGACAGAGGGAGCUCCUUUUGCGGCAGGAUGGCCCAGUGUUUUAUCUGCUUUGUAUACGACUUUCUUGAGUUAUGGAGGCACAGAGUUAGUUGGUUUGACUGCUGGUGAAGCCAAGAACCCACGUAGAGAUGUCCCAAGGGCUAUCAAGGGGGCGAUUGGGCGGAUUUUGCUUUGUUAUGUUGAAUUCAUCUUUGUCAUUAGUAUCAACAUCAAGUUCCCUGACCCCUUACUCCUCACUACAUCCGCUAUAGGAAUUGCAGCUUCUCCUUUCACACUUGUUUUCAAAGAUGCAGGUAUCGUUGCCGCUGCUAUUCUUAUUGCUGUACAAAGCACGGAUAAGCACCAAAAAUCUUCGCUACCACAUGAGAGAAUCGCAAUUUGUAAUCUCCUAAUCUACAUGUCGCAUUGUCUCGUAAACAUUCGAUUCCGUCUCGGUUGGAUUCAUCAAGGAAAUAAUCUAUCCGAUCUUCCGUUCAAAGCGGAAAUCUUUCCAUAUACCUCAAUCUGUGCUUUUCUCAUGGGUUGUCUGAUUGUCGCCGGAGAAGGCUAUGUAGCUGCAACUACGAGACCGUUUGCUUGGGCUAACAUUGUCGCUGCUUAUAUCGACAAAACUAGUCCCCUUCUCAGACAUGGAUUUCCAGACGGGAAGAUCUCAACCCCCGGUGAUGAGGAGAUUGCGGCUCUUAAUGAGUUGGAGAGAAUGGGUGUAAAGACUUGGAAGGAAUUGAAGGCGAGGGGACGAGCGCCGAAGGUUGGUAGGGCGGUUCAUUGGGUUGUUUCUUGA